GCGCCGCAGCGGGCUCUCGGUCGCACCCGGCUCGGCCGGCGUCCUCGACUCUCCGGAUGGUUGGAGCAGAGCGACCAUGACGGGAAAGAAAUCUUCUCGGGAGAAGCGGCGCAAAAGAAGCAGCCAAGAGGCGUCCGCCGCGCUCGCGCCCCCGGACCUGGUCCCGACGCUCGCCAGCAGCGGCAGCGGAAGCACGAGCGGCUGCGGGAGCACGAGCGGCUGCGGGAGCGUGGGCUGCUGCGGGAACGCGAGCCUCCCGGGCAGCGUCCCCGGCGCCGGCAGCGGAGGCAGUGGCUGGGGCGGGAGCAGCGGCGCGGAGCGCAGCGAGCGCCGGAAGCGGCGGAGCACUGACUCAUCUUCCAGUGUCUCGGGCUCCCUCCAGCAGGAAACCAAGUAUCUUUUACCAACUUUGGAAAAAGAGUUAUUCUUGGCAGAGCACAGUGACCUUGAAGAAGGUGGACUGGACCUGACUGUGUCAUUAAAGCCAGUUAGUUUCUAUAUUUCUGACAAAAAAGAAAUGCUUCAGCAGUGUUUCUGUAUCAUAGGAGAGAAGAAGCUACAGAAGAUGCUUCCUGAUGUAUUAAAGAACUGUUCAGUAGAAGAAAUUAAGAAAUUAUGCCAGGAACAGUUAGAGCUCCUGUCUGAAAAAAAAAUCUUGAAGAUUCUUGAGGGUGACAAUGGUAUGGACUCUGAUAUGGAAGAGGAGGCCGAUGAUGGCUCUAAGAUGGGAUCUGAUUUAGUCAGUCAACAAGACAGCUGUAUAGAUUCUGCUUCAGCUCUGAGAGAGAAUAAGCAACCUGAAGGAUUGGAAUUAAAACAAGGCAAAGAAGAUAGUGAUGUACUCAGUAUAAAUGCCGAUGCUUACGACAGCGACAUUGAAGGCCCUUGUAACGAGGAAGCAGCUGCUCCGGAGGUCCCAGAGAGUGCAGUGCAGAGCGAAGCUGGCCCAAUAGAUGACUUGGAGAAGGACAUUGAGAAAAGUGUGAAUGAGAUUCUGGGAUUGGCAGAAUCCAACACAAAGGAGCCCAAAGCAGCCACCCUUCCCGUCCCUCCGCCCGAAGACGUUCAGCCUUCUGCACAGCAGCUGGAGCUGCUCGAACUUGAGAUGAGGGCAAGAGCUAUUAAAGCCCUCAUGAAAGCUGGUGACAUAAAAAAAACCGCCUAGUUUAUUUAACUUGAAUUCGAAUCUUAGGUGUAUUGAACAAAGCCAUGCCAUAUAAUUUUGUAUCUGAAGUUUAUUUUGGGUCUUAUAUAAUAUUUCUCUUACAACACCUAUUAGAAAAACUCAGCCCUGAAAAACACCUUUUUGUUGUUGUUGUUGUUAUUUCACGUUCUAUCUGUCUUACUGUUUUAUGAAUUCACGGCAAAUAUCAUUGGAUAACCUGUCUCCUUUGUUGGAUGAGUAUUUAUAAACCUGCAAGUUGAUAUCGGAAAAGCCAUCAGCAAAGAGUCAUAUUUUUUCCUUAUUUUUAAAUGUCUCGGCCCCCAAACUGAAAGGUUAAGAAAAAUUGACCAAGCAUGUUGCUCUUAAGGCUGUCUAUAGUUUGCAAGGGACUAUUAAAGUAUUGCCUCUAGGUAUGUCAACAAUUAAAAAAAUUAGUUAUGCUGUACUCUUGAAAUAUGUACUGUCUUGAAGUUCCUGUCUUUUGGGUAUGGAUUUAUGUUCUUUAAAAUAUGGGUAAUGGUUUCUGUUAUAACACUUAGCUAAAAUCCCUGAUAAAAACUUUUUUUUAAUAAAAGAAAAGGAUUUAAUUUAAGGCAGUUUUUAACAAUGUAGAAUUACACAGCUUUAAUUCCAGCAGACAAACCAAUCUAACACGUAUUUGAUAUUACUGGAUACUGUUCAGGUUUUUCCUUCAAUAAAAAGGGAACACAUUUUCAUUUACAUUCCAAGCUAUCAGGAAAAUGAGAAUAUUUUAUCAUACAGGCUUUCAUCUGGUGUUUUUGCUUGAAGAUUUGAUGUGCUAUAAUUCCAUGAAUUAAAAAUAAUAAAGACUGUCAUCCUGAAUCUGAAGACUUUUGAUACAUUUCCAAAAGCAAAAUUAAUUUCAGGAAGCUUUGAUAAAUUGGUGUUAGAAUUAAUCUAAUUUUGUAUCGUUUUUGUAAAUAAAUUGACAUCCUGCCACAGUCA